AUGCGCCGAGCCUGGGGCUGGCUGACGCGGCGCCGCGCGUCGCCAGCCGAGAGUACGUGCUAUUACUGCGGCACUACAUCCCUUCUUGUCCCGCCGUACGGCGAUACAUCCGAUCUACCGUCGUGCUACGCGGCUGACGUAGCCACGCAGGUCUCGGCAGGCACACGCACACGUUGGUACUGCUCCGUGUGCCAAGCGUGGAAUCUGGCUGAUACGCAGGGUCAUGUCCUCGAUACGUACGAGCCUGUCAUUCUCGAUACACCAUCGCAUGCGGUACGUACAUCGGCGUCCAGCGAUACCCCUGUCUUUUGUCGUACCUGCCUCGCGAAUCAGACGUUGGUGACUAAUUUGCUCGCCAGUUACUUGUCUGACGACGAUCCUAGCACGGACGAAAGUCGGAUGGCGGCCUACCCGGCCUACCGCGCCUCGCUGGAGCAGCGAUACCCGAUGGUCUGUGCCCAAUGCCAGCCACGCGUCGAUGCGCGGCUUCGGCAGACCGAGCAGCAAUGGCAAAGUGCCGCGUUGGGCGCAUGGGUCGACCAAACGCAAACGCAAGUGCGUGCCGCGAAGCCUGUCUCGUUGCCUGUGUGGCACCGGCUCAGGCAUGGUUUGGUGGUGAUGGGUGCGUGGACUUCGUACCUCGCGGGCCUCGCAGUCCUGUGGCUGGUCUGGGAUGGCACGUUGCAGCGGCCGUGGCCAUGGCUCGCUGGUUUAUCGUGUGUGCCUAUAUGGUAUGAUGCGCGGCCCACGUCCACCGCUUCGCCGUGGCCCUGGCGUAUCGUAUGGUGUAGUGCCUGGGCAGCGCGGCUCCUUGUAUACUGCCAUGCCUAUGUCGUACCGUUGCCGCCUCGUACGUGGCACAUGGUGCGCAUCGGCGCGUGGCUCCUGCAAUCGCAGCUUGUGCCGCUGAUGUGGACGCAGCGCUACACCAUGCGACAUACGCAACCGUGGCUUCGUCGUGUGCCGAAUGCCACAUCGACCUCAGCGACGUCCAUGCAAACGACGAGCACAGAUCCCCUAGCGGCCAUGUCGCUCCAUGAGACGAUCCCAGCGCCGCCGCCCCCAUUGGAUACCCUUUUGCAAGAUACGACGGCGGCUGUGGCGGCCGACGACGACGACGAGGCCAUGGACAUCGAGCCGGAGCAGCGCGAGAAGCCUACGUGGGUGAUGGGACCCCAGCGAUUUAGCGGGCCUACCGACAGCGGACUCGAAGAGUUGUUUGGUCGCGCAUUGCAUCUGGACGCGCCUAGAGCCACGUCGUCGUGGACCGUGGAAACGAGGCGCUGGGCGACGCUCCCUGCGCCCGUCUGGCUCGGCCUCGGAGCCGCUGUAGUGUACGCGAUGUAUGUAUCUUGGUCAUAA